AUGAGGGUGCUACCCGCUUUCGUCCACUCUCGGCAGCUGUUACCUGCCGACCAAAUUUUACCAUCUGUUGCCGCUUGCCCACUCCUAGCUGAAAGAAUGUUUUCCUUUUCCUUUUCUCCUCUCAGCACGAAUUCAUCCAUUCAUUUAUUUCUUAUUUUAUUUAUUUUCAUUUUUAUUUUAAUUUCCUCCUUUUUCCUUGAUUUUCUUUCUUUUAUUUUUCACCUUUAUUUUGCUUUCUUUCUUUCAUUUUUUCUUUCUUUCUUUCAUUUUUUCUUUCUUUCUUUCUUUCUUUCUUUCUUUCUUUCUUUCUUUCUUUCUUUCUUUCCUUCUUUCUUUCUUUCUUUCCUUCCUUCUUUCCUUCUUUCUUUCUUUAAUUUAUCAUCUCUUUUUCUUUUUUCUAUUUUCCUUUUUCUUUCUUUAUUUUAUUUUUCAUCUUUUUCUUUUGACUUUUUUAUUUUAUUCUCUUUCUUUCUUUCCGUCUUUCUUUUAUUUUUCAUUUCUUUUUCUUUUGCCUUUCUUUCUUCUAUUUUCUUUUUUCUACUCAUUUUCCUUUUCCACGUGUUAAAGCCUCUCUCGUUCAAACAUUUCGGGCUACCCCCCCCUCUCUCUCUCUCUCUCUCUUUGCUAAAAGCUAUACGUCACAAGUUUACAUUAAAAAAAAUUCACUUUUUUUCUUCUUUUCUUUUUUCUUCUUUUCUUUUUUCUUCUUUUCUUUUUCUUUGUUCUUUUCUUUCUUUCUUUUUUUCUUUUUCUUUAUUUAAUUAUCGCUUUUACUUUCUUCUUUCUUUCGUUUUUUUUAUUCUUUCUUAUACCUUCACCGCAAACAACGAGAAACAAGUUUUUCUUUCUUUCUUUCUUUCUUUCUUUCUUUCUUUCUUUACUAGUUCAUUUACUUUCUUCUUUUCUACUUUUUUAUUUCUUUAUCUUUUUUCCUAUAUUCUUCUUUCUUUCUUUCUUUCUUUCUUUCUUUCUUUCUUUUUCUAUAUUCAUUCUUUUUCUAUAUUCUUUCUUUCCUUUCCUAUGUUCUUCCAAAAUGUUUUUCCUUUCUUAUUUCCUUUCUUUUUUUUCUCCGGUGUUCUUUCAUUCUUAGUUUUUAUUUCAUUUUCUCUCUUUUUUUCCUAUAUUAUUUUCCCUAUAUUCUUUCUUUCUUUCUUUCUUUCUUUCUUUCUUUCUUUCUUUCUUUCUUUCUUUUCAAAUGACUUUAUUUUCCAACUCGUGGCUUAUGUUCAAAUCCAUUUUCAAAUCCUUCUUUUUAUCUCUACAUUUUAA